AUGGUAUUUGGCGUAAGGCGAUGUUCGCGCGCUAUCCUUUCUGGGGUUCUGUUUCUACUGCUGCUUCAUGUGGUCAAGCUGCCCCUUGUCGCAGCUGCUAGGGAGCACGGCAUAGAAGAGCCUGAGUCAAGCUCUUCUGGCGGUGCCUCUAUUCGCAAAACGGAAAGGCAUAUUUACACCAUCUUGGACCACGUAAUCUUAAUAUUGGUGUGUCUCUCGUUCUCCGCCAUAUUUGCCGGGCUAACCAUCGGUAUUUUGUGCAUGGACACGCUGACGUUGAGCAUAAUUGCAAGUAGUGGUCGAGAGCCGGACAGGACGCACGCCUCACGGAUACUUCCUCUGCGCCGCCAGGGCCAUGUGACUCUCUGCACGCUUAUCAUCUCGAAUAUGCUCAUGAAUGUUAUCGUGGUGCAACAGCUAGGCGCCCUCACAGAGCUGCUCUGUAAGUUCAGCUAUAUCAGUGGAGCGUGCAAGGAUAAUGGCGGUGCACCAGGCAUCGCAUUGUUUGCUGUAAGCACCUUACUUAUUCUUAUCUUUACCGAGAUCGUCCCUAUGUCCAUAUGCAAGUCCAAGUAUUCAUUGGCAAUUGCAGCGGCGGGGUGCUCAGUGGUGCGUGUGGCAAGGGUCCUUGUUUAUCCCGUAGCAAUGCCACUGGGUCUACUGUUGGACCGCUUGGUGCCGCACGACGCUGGUCAAAUAUACGAUCGCAAUGAACUGCGGAAGCUAAUGAUUCUACAUUGUGAAGCGCACGGUGAGCGCAGUGGCCUCGCAACGUCUGAACUGAAGCUGCUCAUUGCCGCGAUGGACUUCCAGGAGAGGAAAGUCUGCGACAUUAUGAAGCCUAUGGAAGAUGUGACCACCGUGAGGGUGGAUGAUGUUCUCACGCCGUGUUUGAUUGAGUCUCUGUGGCGGAGCGGACGGUCUCGCAUUCCCGUGCAGGAGACAUUGGGAGGGUACCGUGAUGUUCUGAUUGUGAAGGACCUGCUGUCGAUGCCGCCGCUGAUUGAAGGUGCAACGCCGUUGACAAUCGGUGAGUUCGUCAACGGGAGUGCACGGACAGCCCUUGCAGUGCACAAGGACACUCCCCUGCCAACAGUCCUGAGGAUGUUUCAGCACGCGGAGACGCAGAUGCUGUUUGUCUCGGGUACAGACACCGUUAGUUUACUGACAGAUGAGAAUAUUAGUAUGAGCAUGUCUGUCACUUUGAAUCAGUGUACCGCUUUACGUGACACAGAAAUCAUUGGUAUUGUGACACUAGAAGAUGUACUAGAAACCCUUAUAAAGGGAGAAAUAUACGACGAGUAUGAUAGUUAUGACUUCCCAGCGCACACCAACAGUGUUUUGGGGGAAAGAGAGGUGCUGCUGGAUCUCUGCGGCGUUCCACCCCCGCUUUCAGAGCCUGCACAAGUUCCAAGAGUGAACUUCUAUUCCUACUACGUACAGCCCGGCAGUGAUGGCACCCUGACAGAGGCGCAGAUUUGGGCUGUUGCGUACUACUUGACCCGCUCGGUUCCACCUUUCUACCUCUGGCACCCAGGGUAUGUAAAGAUGUUGCUUGACGAGUGCGGAAUCGAUCAGUACACGUUCCCUGCACCCGUACCAAGCGGUGAAGCUCCCUCUAAUUCUUACCCUCCUCUGAGUGGCACGGUGAUCGCGGGCAACACUGAAGGCACACGAGACGCACCGAAUUCCACAAAUGAUCUCAUUUCCCGCGCCACAGAGGAGCGCGCCGUGUUAUAUCGUAAUGGUGUUGAAUCAUCUGUGUUCACCCUAAUACUGGGUGGUAGGGUAGAGGUACUUGUCGCCUCCUGCAACUCCCUGUUGAAGCAGCGUUCUUUCGACUGGUUGGGGGAAGGUGCACUGCAACUGCAGCGCUACAUCCCAGAUUAUGAUGCAGUGGUGUUGCACCCCACGCGCCUCUACCGUAUUCCGAGGGAGUUGUACGAUAGGUAUCAAAGUUUUAACAACCAUUACAACCGUGCAUUUAAUGCCGGCCUCUCCGCAGGAAGGUCACAUGACGGCGCUACGAUUUUGAAUGUUACGUCCCUUGAGAUGUCACCCAUAGAGGCUAAGGAUCAUCCUGAUGGCGCGGCAUAUGUUGACAUAGGGGAGGAGGAUCAUCAUCCGAUGAGUCCAGAGAGUGCGUACGGAACCUUCAGGGGCGCUCGCAAACCGGGGUCACGGUACGAAGAGAUGAAGCUUCUAAACCCUCCCAAGUAG